GGUCCUCCUCCUCCUCCUCCUCAGUCAGGGCUCCAUUUGGCAGGCUGCCUUUGAGAGGGAAAGAGACAGAGACCUCUGAGGCUGAGGAGGAGGAGGAGGCUGGCCAUCCCUACCCCUGGAAGAAGAGAGAGAGAUACAUAUAGAUAUAGAUAUACUGUAUGUGGUAAGAAGGAGAAGGAGGAGAGCAGCAAUGCAGGAACACAGCAGCAGCGACAAAGGAAGAAGAGGGAGGAGGGUUCAGCUUCAGAGAAAAUGGCGACUGGGGGAAUAAAAUGAGGCAGGACGUUUGCACAAUAAAAAUAGGUCUGUCUGGAAGGAGCUCAGGGCACAGAGGGAAAGGUCUUUGAGGAAAGAAGCAGCUCUUCUGUGUUAUUCCUUUAAAAUGUAGAUCAUUUUGGUUUGGGAAGGAGGUUAUUUGUCUUGGGAAACAAGGAGAAAGAGUGGGAUUGAAAAAAUAUGAAGCAGGACGUUUGCACAAUAAAAAGUAUGUCUGUCUGGAAGCAGCUCUGGAUAUAGCAAAAUAUCUUUGAGGAAAGAAGCAGCUCUUGUGUAUUAUUCUUUAAAAUAGAUAUCACUGGUUUGGAUUAUUUGGUUUUGGGAACGGGAAAGGAGAGAGUGAUAUCAAAAAAUAUGAAGCAGGACGUUUGCACAAUAAAAUAUGUCCGUCUGGAAAGAGCGCUGGGCACAAAAAUAAAACAGAAUUGAGGAAAGAAGCAGCCCUUGUUUCUUAUUCUUUUAAAAAUGUAAUAACUGGGUUGGAGUAUUUAGUUUAGGGAUGGGAAAAGGGGGGUGCUAUGAAUAAAAAAGGGGCAGGACGUUUGCACAAUAAAAAUGUCUGUCUGGAAGGACCUCUGUCCACAAAUGGGGAAACAUUGAGCAAAAAGUUGCAGGUCAACACAUGUCUCACCCUCCGCUGAAGCUGUUCCAAGAAAGGAAACAACUAGCCACCAUUUGAAACUAGAGAAAAAAUUAAGGCUGUAGUUCUCAUGCUUCAAGGAGAGGUCGCCAUGGCAUCUGGGGUUCCUGUCAAGGAGCUGAGUCGGGAAGCCACUUGUCUCAUUUGCUUAGAGUACUUCAAAGACACGGUCAUAAUUGAAGCUUGUGGGCACCAUUUCUGCAAAGCUUGCCUCACUCGAUACAAUGGGGAAUGCAGUACGAAGGCUACCUGCCCACAGUGCAGUGGAAGAAUUCAGCAAAGCAACUUCAAGCUAAGCUGGCAGCUGUCAAAUAUAAAUGUUGUUAAACUUGAGGAGGCAGAGAAAACAGAUGGGAUGGUUGUGUGCAAAGAGGAGGAGAUUCCCAUUGCCUUGGGGUAUGACAGGCCGAGGGAGUUUCCGGAUCUUGGCGAGUUUCCUAUGGAUGAGACCUCCCAAGAGCUUAAGAUGAUUGAAAAUGGAAUGGGAGCCACCAUAAGCCGCAAGGGCCGUGGAAUUUCGUGGCGGCACAAAGAAACCUUGGAUCUCCUGGACAUUUGGGGGGAGCAGAAAAUCCAGGACCAGCUCCGCAGCAGCCACCGAAAUAUCGAUUUCUUCGAGUACAUUGCCCAGGAGAUGGCAGUUCGAGGUCAUCGCCGUACUGCCAUAGAAUGCCGUUCCAAGACCAAAGUAAUGCGACUGGAAUAUAAACGUGUGAUUGAUCACAAUUCCAGGCCAGGAAGCAAUAAAGUGACCUGCCCUUUUUACAAGCAGCUGCACCGCAUCCUUCGCGGGGAUGCCAGUGUAACACCCAAGCGGGUUUCACGAAGCCUAAAUCCCAAACAUCAACCAAAUCAGGGGGUUAUACCAGAUCCCCCCACUCUAGAGGAGCACUUCUUACCUGAAGAGCUCAGCAUUAUUAACAUUGGAGAAUAUUUCAAAGACGAAAGCACUGGAAGGUUACUGGAAAGCACAGAAAAUACAAGAGAUGGAAUUAUGUCUGUUAAUGGCACUGAGGAGGAAAUGGUGGAUGCAGGUGAUAACAAUGUUGUACAGACUGAGGAAGAAGGCAGCAAUGGAGUCAGUGGAAAAGAGAUGGAAUCUCAGAGGCCACAAGUAAGCCCUGAGCCUCAGGAACUACCAAACAAUGUGGAACCUCCUGCCACCAGUUCAAAGCCAACACCACCUCCUCCGGCCCGGCUAUCUUUGUUGAGGAACAAGAAGAAGCGGGAAAGGGCCGAGAACAUGUUUAAUCUCUUUCUGGAGCAAGCCAGAGAAGACUCCACCAAAGAGCAAGAGGAGAUGGUGCGUGACAGAGUGAUGUUGGCAAGAUUUUUGAGGGCCUUUGAACAAGAUGCUGCAGAUAGCAGAGAGGAGAGGAGACAGUGCUUGGAGGCUCUGCGUGCAAACUGUGAAGUCCUGCAAGGCAUCGUCAGUGGCUUGAACAAGCUGACCGAUGCUAUUGCCAGCCAACAACUGGCUGGCCCGGGAAACCAGUCGGCAUCUCGGCACCCACUGCUUUCUGCCACGCAUAAGGAGAAUUUGCCGCUCAGUCCCACUCUGGUAGUACGGAGUAGUUUGCCGCAAGAAGCAUUGCCAUCCCACCCUACCAGUUCUACCAGUACUGUACCAAAAAGUGUCCCCCGUAAGCCUCCACCUGUGACUCAUGUUCCGCCUCGUGUUAUGUGUAAUCUUGGGUAACAGAUGGGAGGGAAAACGUCUCCUUUGUACUCUUUUAAAAAGUACUGAAAUGUAGGCUGGGAUAAGAAGCUGAAGAAAAGGAAAGACUUUUGACAGCUGAGUUUUAAUAUAGCAGGGGCCUGGGAUCAUAAGAGAACUACUUCUAGGAGUGGUAGCCUUUGCAAAGAAACAGUUCUGAAGCAUAAGCGUGCCCAUGGUGCUAGGACACAAAUCCCAUUUCACUUAAAAUUGUCUCCUCUCUUUGCAUGCACUGACUAUCAAUGAUUCUCAGUAGAUCCUUCUCUGUUGCUAUUGUUGCAGUAAAGAGGACCAACAUAAUAAGGGAUGAUAGUUCUGAAGGUGGAAGACAAAAUGUGUUGUCCUCCUGAGUGAUGCUGGAAUUUGCCUCCCAUCACCCUAAGCAAACACAGUGAUGAGAAAUAAUGGAAGCUGCAGUCCAGCAUCCAGAAGUAAACAAGUUAACCUAAUUCCUGUUCUAAAUGCCCCCUCACACUCCCAGAAGCAGCUCCCAUGAUGAUCACCGGUCAUUCUCCCCUGUGCACUGUAUGUAAGUGACUGAUUAUGUAUCUCAUACACACAUACAUACUAUGUUUGACAAAGGUAUACAAAUUGCAAGAAAGACAAUUCCCACUAAAAUUCCUCAUGGUAAUAGCUACUUGCCAGUGGAAUGAGCUACCUCAGGAAGUGGUUAACUAUCCUUCAUGGGGUGUUUCCAUGCUGGUUAGGAAGGCAUCUGUUAAAUGCUUUAGCUAUGAAUUUCCUGAGCUGGAAGAACUUUGGGCCUGAUGGCCCUUUGGUGUCCUUGGCAACCAGUGAUAUCAUUUAACUGGUUCACAACUGGUUGUUAAAAUUGUUAGAAGACUCCAAGGCUUAGAGAAGUUUAAAAGGGGAGCCAAGUGAAGUAGAGGAAGAGGAAGAGAUAAGUGGAUACAGGGGAUACAGAGAGGUUAGAGCAUAAGAGGGAGGGAAAGACAAUUCUCUGGAGACAUGGAGAAGACCUAGGGAUGGGGACUGUUUUUUAAUUAUUUUGAAUGGCACUGCUGCUUACAGCUCUACAAUUCCAGGCUUCUAUGGAAGUGGGUAGGAUUUAGCCUUCUAAAUGUUGGGUCCAUUAGGACUAUUUUCACAACUAUGGUUGUGAUAUCCUUCUGGAAGCUUUUCCAUAAAGAGAAUUAAAAUUGAGAAUUUGCAGGGCUGUUGUGGUACUCCACCUAAUGUUGGACCCACAGUUCCCAUCUUUCCUGUCUAUUGGUCAUGUUAGCUUAAGCAGAUGGGAACAGGAAUCCACCCACAUUGGGGAGGGGGAUGGUGGUUACAGGUUCCCCACCCUGCCAUGUAGUGUUCUUCCUUAAAAAUUGUGGCUUCAUGAAUGGAGGUACCAAAAAAGGAUGAUUUUUCCAGAAAAGACCAAUUGCAUCUGUAGCAUAUAGUAAGGUUUUGUGGACCACGUAAGGGUCCACAGCAAAAAGAGUAGAGCAUAGGUGGGCAACAUGUAUGUGGCUAUUGGACAUACACUUGGACCACCAUUAUUGUUUCAUUCCUUGCCGCUGGCAGCAUAACAGUAAUGAAGCUUUUCUUGUCUUGUUCUGCCAAAGAUAUAUGCCAUGACUGGCUUUCACCAACCUGGUACUCUGGCUGCGUUGGACUACAGUCAUCAAUCAUCCCCGGUGUGGGUGAUAGGAAUUGCUGUCUUAACAGAUUUAGAGUGAGCUGUGUGGUAGACGACUAUUAAUUUGUGGCAGUGGGCCAACUUCAUAAUGAAGGUGAUCUUCAAAUUGAGGUGUCCCCUUUCCAGUAAGGUUUCAUGAGCCACUUCUGCAUAGAAUAAGGAAUCACCUGCACAUAAGUGAUGGUUGUCAUGUGAGUGCCAGGAAAAAAGCACCUACUUCCAUGAAUUGACCCUGGCCAGAAGUAACUUUCAUGUCAGUAAAUAAGCAAAUGUAAUCAGUUAUCUGUUGAAGCAGGAUGGAGUAAACAUUCUGGCAAGCCUGCCCACUAAAGAACACUUAAUAAGAUGUGUACUAUCCACAACUUAACACUGUGCAUCUGAUGAACUGCACCUAGGGCCAAAACAGAUGGCCCAGUAAAGCAAGUUCUGGGCAGCGUGGUGUUUAGACACUGAAUGCCCCCAAGACAUCUUGAAGCUGCCCAGCUGUUUAGAUGUGGGUGGCUUCAAGAUGCUCUGGUGGCAUGGCGUUUAUACACUGCAUGCUGCCAGAGUGCCUUGCAGCUGGCUUCAAGAUGUUGCGGGGCGGUAAAAGCUGGCUUUUUGCCAGCUGAGAAAGGAGCAGAUCUUUGCCACUCCUUUUUUGGACAGUUUCAAAGCGGAUUGGGGCUGUGAUGUGUGCUUGCUGUGGCCCCAAUCCGGCUUUGGUGGUGAGUUGAAGCCACCCCUUUGGAGUGGUUUGUUUCACCCCUUAGUCUAUGAAGGCUUAUUCUACCAACUUCUUUCUCAGUCUCAAAGGUGCUACAAGAUCUAUUUGAACAACGGCUCAGUAAGGAAACCAUGGUUGAGAGCAGAGAGAAGAGAAUUAGUUAAUAGUAACUUAGGGAAUACCAUGGUUGUGUCCCCAGGUGAAAGGCAUUUCAUAGGUAAAUAUGCAAGAUUGAACUGGCUUUCCCAAUUAAAUCUGAUGCUAGGAACUACUUUUCAAAAUUCACAGUAAGUGCUACAAUGGCAGACAGAGGGUUAUUGUUUUGUAACCAAAAAUUGCAACAUUUUUCUUUAUAUUUUAAUUUUGAAACCUACUUUUUGAUAGUGAUCCAAGUGAAAUAUCCAGUGUACAUGUAGAUGGAAAGCAACAAAGCCCAGAUCUAGCUUUAUCUCUCAACUCCAAACAUGGGGCUUUGUGGUAAUGUUGCAGAUGAGGAUGACACUGUAGAGUUAUAGCUAAACAUUGCCGUAGUAUAAGGUGUUCAGACCUGAUAGUUCUGUGUCUCUGAAGUCAGAGGAUCUUCACAGUUUUGAACAAGAUGUCUCUUUGUCUGAACUUGUCAUUCUUUUGGAGUAUGACAUAUUCCUAGAAAUAAUUAUAGGAGCGUAAGACCCAUCAGCAGUCUGGUAUUAUGGCUGUGUGGCUGGUAAGAGUAUAUAGCACUUAAGACGUUAACACCAAGCAUCUAAAUAACUGAAACGGAGCAUUUGGAACAUUGUGGGAGGACCAAGAGUUUGUCCUAGUUUAGUGCACUAGUGCUCUGAAAACUAGUUUGAGGGAAUCGAUUCUGUAUUAGUAAUAACAACUCUAGAUACUAAAACAACCAUGUAUUACUUAUUUGUUGAUCCUGCCUACUUUUUCUCUCAUUUCUCUUUGGUUGACGUUUAGAUUGUAGGAGGCAGAGACCUGUACACUUCAUAUUCUGUAAUGUGCCACACGCCCUGAUGGCGUGAUGAUAAUAUUAAAUAAAUACUGCAAAUGAACAUA